AGCUGUGUUGUGAUUUAAGUGAUCAAUAUGCAUAUGAACAAGUUAAAAAUUCUAAUGCUUGGUCCAUCUGAGAGCGGUAAAACCACUAUAGCCAAUUAUUUAUCAGAAUCGAUAAAUAUAGAGGAGGCAGGUCCUCCGCGUCCUACGCAAGGCGUUAGAAUUGUGGAAUUUGAACUACCUAAUAUCAAUGUAAACGGGAAAAAUACCAAUAUUGACAUCGAACUGUGGGAUUGCAGUGGUGAUCAUAGAUUUGAAUCCUGUUGGCCGGCACUGCGCGUAGGAGUACAAGGAGCGAUAUUGGUCUGCUCCCCUACAACAACCCAAGUAGCAACGAGAGAACUCGAACUUCUUUACAACUAUUUCGUGUCUCAGCCAAAAUUAUCAGCAAAACAAUGCGUUUUGUUUUAUAACUGCACUAAUGAUAGCGAUGAUAUAGAAUCAUUGACAUUGUCGUCUACAUUUUCAAAAGUAUCUCAAGUGGCAAUCAAUUUGAAAUCCGGAGGUAAUCGACUGAAAAUAGAUUUUUCAAAUUACAUCACUUCGGUUUUACAAGCAAUAAAUAGAUAUGCUUAAUUGUUUGUUU